AUGCUUGAUGAUUAUGACGAAGAUAUUAUUGGGGAUGAUUAUAUUGACGAAGAUAUUAUCGGGGAUGAUUAUAUUGACGAAGAUAUUAUCGGGGAUGAUCAUAUUGUUGAUGAUUAUGACGAAGAUAUUAUUGGGGAUGAUUAUAUUAGUGAUGAUUAUGACGAAGAUAUUAUUGGGGAUGAUUAUAUUGGUGAUGAUUAUGACGAAGAAAUUAUCGGUGAUGAUUAUAUUGGUGAUGAUUAUGACGAAAAUAAUAUUAUGGAUGAACCUCUUCGCCGAUCAUUUAUCACGAAUAAUUCCUAUUGUUCUGUCAGCGCCUAA